AUGAAGGCUUCUUUCAUUCCAAUUGUUUUCUCUCUCGCUGGUGCCGCCUUCGCCGCUCCAGCUCCUGGGUCCCGAGUCUACCCUUACAGCAUCGGCGACCUUUCCCUCAAGCACACUAUUGAGGGAGACACCUGGGAUAUGAAAUUCUACCUUAUUUCCCGGAGCCCCAUGGGCGAGGCUCUUGAGACGACCACCUGCCACACUGGUUGGACAAAUGGCACACUUCCUGUCGGCCCCAACAACCCCGAGGCUUGCGCUGACCCCGCCUACUCCUUCUUUUUCCCCGCUGGUGCUUCCGAUGCCGAGAAGUACGAAAUCGCCGCUGAGGGCCCUGCUGGAACAGCUGUUAAUAUCAUUGAGUCUGGUUACAAGUACCAGUGUGGCCCUUACACAGGCCCCGUUGGUAAUGUCGAUAUUGAGUGCAAGACUAUCAAUGGUGGAGAAUUCUACCUUUACCAGUAA